AUGCCAACGACCCACGCGCUAAGCGAAUCAUCAAAAUUGCAGCGACCAAACGUCGAAGUGAAAACGAGAGGAAGAGAGAGAGAGAGACGUGUAGAGUCAGACCAUCCAGCAACGACAGAGAAAGUAUCAGCAACCAUGCAAAUCUUCGUCAAGACCCUCACGGGCAAGACCAUCACCCUCGAGGUCGAGUCCAGCGAUACCAUCGACAAUGUAAAGUCGAAAAUACAGGACAAGGAGGGUAUCCCACCCGAUCAGCAGCGAUUGAUCUUCGCUGGCAAGCAGCUCGAGGACGGCCGAACGCUAAGUGAUUAUAAUAUCCAGAAGGAAUCCACCCUUCACCUCGUCCUCCGCCUCCGUGGUGGUAUCAUAGAACCCUCGCUCAGAGCCCUCGCCAGCAAAUACAACUGCGACAAGAUGAUCUGCCGGAAAUGCUAUGCCCGCCUCCCCCCGCGUGCCACUAACUGCAGAAAGAAGAAAUGUGGCCACACCAACCAACUCCGACCAAAGAAGAAGCUGAAGUAG